AUGUCCGACUCGCCAGUAAAGAUGGAUGAAUCACACGGUUACAAGGAACCUUCAGCGCAAACCGUAGCAAGAGAUGGAGAAGCGCCUGUGAGCGUUUUGGAAGAUGGAUCGUUGGACCCCGUGUACGAAGCCAAAGCGAAGAUGCUGAACAAGGCCAUGCAAGACAUCGGGAUGGGAAAGUAUCAAUGGCAGCUCUUCAUCGUGAUUGGAUUCGGCUGGGCAAUGGACAAUCUCUGGCCGAUAGUAACAUCCCUCAUCUUCACGCCCAUAACCAACGAAUUCAACCCCACACGCCCACCGCUACUGUCUCUCUCGCAAAACAUUGGACUUCUCUUCGGCGCCGUCUUCUGGGGUUUUGGCUGCGACAUCUUCGGAAGACGAUGGGCAUUCAACCUCACUAUCGGUAUCACGGCUGUGUUCGGAAUGAUAGCAGCGAGUAGCCCCAAUUUCGGUGCUAUUGGCACGUUCGCUGCUCUUUGGUCUGUUGGUGUGGGCGGAAACCUGCCUGUGGAUUCAGCGAUUUUCCUGGAGUUCUUGCCUGGGAGCCAUCAGUAUCUGCUUACAAUUUUGUCGAUCUACUGGGCGCUCGCGCAAGUCUUUGCCACGCUUGUAGCAUGGCCGUUACUUGGGAACCUCACCUGUCAGCAGACGGAUACAAACUGCACAAGAGGAGAAAAUAUGGGAUGGCGGUACUUCAUGAUCGUCAUGGGAGGCGUCGCUCUCCUGAUGUUCAUUGGCCGCUUCGUCUUCUUCACAAUCUUCGAGUCCCCCAAAUUCCUGAUGGGCAAAGGCCGAGACGCAGACGCCGUCCGCAUCGUCCACGAAGUCGCGCGCCGAAACGGCAAAGAAUGCACCCUCACCCUGGAAGAACUAGAAUCAUGCAACAACUACGCGCUACCUGGUACCGUCCAGCAAACCAGCACCGCCACCGCAGCAGUCAAGCGCAAGCUCCAGAAGCUAGAUAGCUCACACGUAAAAGCCCUGUUUGCGACCAAGAAGCUAGCCUUCUCAACUAGCACCAUCACACUCGUCUGGGCAUUCAUCGGCCUCGGCUACCCCCUCUACAACGCCUUCCUACCCUAUAUCCAAGCCACCCGCGGUGCCGACUUCGGUGACGGCUCGACCUACAUCACCUACCGCAACAGUCUCAUCAUCGCCGUGCUUGGCGUACCAGGAUGCAUCCUCGGCGCAGUACUCGUCGAAACACCGCACAUCGGUCGCAAAGGCACACUAGCUCUCUCUACAGUCCUCACUGGCGUCUUUCUCUUAUGUUCCACAACGGCGCUCACCUCCAACGCCCUUUUAGGAUGGAACUGCGCCUAUAACUUCAUGAGCAACAUUAUGUAUGCGGUGUUGUAUGCGUAUACGCCUGAGAUCUUUCCGACCAAAGAUCGCGGUACGGGAAAUGCUAUAACGGCGAGUGCGAACAGGGUGUUUGGUAUUAUGGCGCCUAUUGUGGCGAUGUUUGCGGAUUUGGAGACGAGUGCGCCGGUUUAUGUUAGUGGGGCGUUGUUUAUUGCUGCGGGUAUUUUGGUGCUUAUACUGCCUUUCGAGAGUAGGGGGAAAGCGAGUAUGUAA